GACCAUCAGACCUAUACAAUGAGCAUGAACAUGAUAUUACCAUGAUGUAACAUAUAUCUCUCUGUGAGAAUCGGCCAACCAUCCAAACAAGCAGAACAAAUUCAGCUCACUGUGAAUGAGUUUAAUUGGCACACUGGCCCUUUAAGUCCUGAGCGGAUAAAACGCAGCAGCACUUGUAACAGGCUAAGCGAUCCUCCACUCAUGGAUUAUUCAACAAGUGGUGAGUCCCAUGUCGCCAGCUGGGAGGGAGAGAUAUGGAGCAAUACUCUUUUAUAAAACAAAACAAACACCUUUGAGCUUUUUUUUAAUUGUGAAAACAGGAUUAGAAAACCAAAGCGACAGGUGAGCAGCAGCAUCGACGGUAGGUGAGUCCAGGUCACAUCCCCGCGAACAUAGGUAGACAGAAGAUGUCCUGAAUGAUUGGAUACGAUCAGAUAUGUAUCGGUUAAAUAUUGCAGCAAGCAGUAAUCGGGAUAGUGUUGGACGAAGACGAAGCUUUUGGAAUGAAAGAUGCGUUCCCUACUGGACAACCUAGAUCACCUUACCUGAAGACUCGCCCUCUUCGGGUGGGAAUGGUGUCUUCCUGCAGACUUGAACUAACGGGAAAAACGAAGCAUAGCGUUCAAAUACAUUACAAUGGAUAUUCAUUUUGCAAGAUGAACUGCGGGUUGUGUUAGCACAGAAGUUACAAUUAUGGCGGAGAACACGCUUCUCGCGGCAAGGCAGGGCGACGUGCAAGUCCUGAAGGGGCUUUUAGGAACCAAUGAACUGAACGACGACGUGAAGGAUGUCCUCGGAGCGUCCCCCGUGCACCACGCCGCCCGGGCCGGGAAGCUGACAUGUCUGCGUUUCUUGGUGGAAGAGGCUGGCUUGUCGGGGAACACUGUGGCCAACAAUGGCGCCAGUCCGGCGCACGACGCAGCGGCCACGGGCAACCUGGCGUGUUUACAGUGGCUGCUGACCCAGGGGGGCUGUCGACCCGAGGACAGGGACAGCUCGGGAGCUACAAUCCUCCACCUCACAUCUCGCUUUAGUCAGCACGAGCUCAGCGAUUGGCUGCUCAAGAGCGGGGAGGUGGACCCCGGGGCCACCACAGACUCGGGGGCCCUUCCUGUUCACUACGCCGCUGCCAAGGGCGACCUGCCGUCCCUCCGACUGCUGCUGGGACACAGCCCAAAUGUUGUCAAUUACCAAACCAAGAAUGGUGCCACGCCCUUAUACCUGGCCUGUCAGGAGGGCCACCUGGAGGCCGUCCAAUACCUGGUGAAGGAUUGUGGGGCGGAGCCAAGCAUCCGAGCCAAUGACGGCAUGACUCCGCUGCAUGCCGCCGCCCAGAUGGGCCACAACACCGUCAUCGUGUGGCUGGUGAGCUUCACGGAGGUGGGUCUGUCGGACCGCGACGGGGACGGGGCCACGGCCAUGCACUUUGCGGCCAGCAGGGGCCACGCUAAGGUGCUGAGCUGGCUGCUGCUGCACGGGGGGGAGACCGUCACGGACAGCUGGGGAGGGACACCGCUCCACGACGCCGCGGAGAACGGAGAGCUGGAGUGCUGUCAGAUCAUGGUGGUGAACGGGGUGGACCUGGGCAUCAGGGACCACGACGGCUUCGCCGCCGCUGACCUGGCCGAGUACAACGGACACCCGCAGUGCGCCAAGUACCUGCGCACGGUGGAGCACAUGAGCGUGGAGCACCGGGUGCUCAGGGACCCCUCCACAGACCUGGAGUACAAGCAGCCCGACUCAGGCCUGUCCUCGCCCAACACCACCAUGCCCCCCAUCAACCCCCCGCGCUUCGACCUGGGCUCCCCCUCCAGCAGCCUCUCCAACUACGACUCGCGCAACUCCAGCCAGACCAGCACCGGGGAGAAGAGGGCGGAGCCCCGCCACUUCAUCUCCCAUCACUUCCUGUUGAGUCACCGGGAAGGAGUCUGA